AUGUCUAAUCUAGGUGUAGCUGCAAUCAUCUUCUACAGUCUACUUAAAAUCAGUUCAGCGGGUGACAUUCUUGUGCAAACAAAUGAAGAUCAAUGCACAGCGUUCACUUCGUGCACAUCAUGUAUUUCCAAAGGAGCAUGUACUUGGUGCAUUACAAAGAGUCUUUGCACUCAACAGCAGUGCGGCAAUGACAAUGUUAUAUAUCCGAAGAAUAUACAGGCUCUGUUAACUGGAGCAGAAUUCUGCCCACGGAUAGUUGAAUCGCCUGAACGCAUAUUCAAACAUAGCGAUGUACAUAUAUUUGUGGUGAAAUUAACACAAAUCUAUCUAUACAUGGCGUUCACGCCUUGGCAGUGUAAGAUUCGUGUUGGUGAUCAAGAUUUUGAGAUAAAAGGGAUAUUAUUAGGUGAUUCCGUUUACUGUGAGGCAUUUGAGUUGAAAAACGAUUCCGACCAAGCUUACAUAGAAGGUAAUGUGAAAGUUUUGUGGAACUUGAAGAAGGCUUUCGAUGGAUCUGUAUCAUUUAAAAUAUGCAGAUGUGAUUUAGAACCGAAUUGUUUAGCUUGCGUCAAAAAUAAAUCAAAAUAA